AUGGUUUUAACAAAUUUUAUCCCCCACAGGAAAAAAUCCAGAGUGGCUAAAAACGGAAUAUUGGAUUGGGCAACAACCAGCUCGCAGAACAAUGCCAACCUUUCGAGCGAUACUUCCUGGUUAUCGCCCGCUGUAAGUGCCACCCGAAGACAGAUGACCGAAAUGGAACUUAAUCCAAAUGAGUUCCUCAACCCACUAAGUAACACACCGAGCGAUAGGGAAGAAGACAAAUAG